AUGACCAACAAUCGACAAAGAGAUGAAGAGCCUCCAAAAUGGCUGACUCAAGAUUUUAUAGAAAAUUCAUUAAGAGAAGGUUUAGAUUGCGAAUCGUUUAAAAUAAAAAAUAUGAAAAUGUCAAUGGCGGCCGCUGUCGGUGAUCAUUACGGAAGUCAAAUGUUUCGCGUUAAUUACACGUAUUCCACCGACGAUAGAAAAACGGAAAAAGAAUGUUCGAUUAUUGUCAAAUUGGUACCACCGGGUAUCAUGGGUGAGUUUUUAAAUAAAACUCCUGCUUUUGAUAUCGAAGGAGAAGCAUUGAAAAUCGUUCUACCACGAGUACACGAAAUGAUGGCGAAAGUUUAUCCGGAACAACCGAAAUUAUGGGCUGAUUGUUAUUAUUAUCGUGGUUCUCCAGAAAAUAUAAUCAUUAUGGAAGAUUUAAAACUAUCCGGUUUCACUCUUGGUGAUAGAUUUGUAGGUUUAGACUUUGAUCAUUCUCUUCUUGUUAUCGAAUCCAUGGCGAAACUUCACGCAACAACAUACGUAAUGAUAGAAGAAAAUUCAAAAUUAUUUGAAAAUUUUUAUAAACUUUUCUGGAAUGCUGAUAACGUUGAAAUGUUUAAAACUAUGACGGAGGGUACUAUCGAAUUUCUAGCAGAAGAUAUGAAGAAUUGGAGCGAUUUCGAUAAGAAAUCUAUUUACGUUGAUAAACUAUCAAAAGUUGAAAUUAUUAAGGGAAUCAUAAACGUGUGGGAAAGAGAUGAAAAAAAUUUAAAAGUUCUCAUUCAUGGAGAUUCCUGGUUAAAUAAUUUCAUGUUUAGAUACGGCACUGAUGGUAAACUCUCCGGUAUGAAAUUCGUGGAUUUUCAAAUAAUGUCGAUUCAUUCUCCAGCCAUGGAUUUGGUUUAUUUUAUAUUUACGAGUGUUUUACACGAUAAUAAAUUGGAAAUGAUCGACGUACUCCUGGAAAACUAUUACAAAAUAUUUUCUGGAACUUUAAAAAAAUUCGGCAGGGAUCCGGAAAUGAUUUAUCCGUUCGAAGAAUUAAAGAAAAAUUUCGAGAGUAAAUUAUUUUGGGGUUUUGUUGUUUUUUGCGCUUUCGUACCCAUCAUGAUGAUGCCAAAAGAAGAUGUCGUACAUCCGGAAGAAUUCAUUACAAAAAAUGAUAAGACGGAAUUUCAUAGAAAAGUUUUCGGGAAGGAAAGAAUAAAAAAUUUACUUAUCAAAGUCAUCGGAUAUUUUAUUGAUAAGAACGUUAUUUGA